AGAGGAUCUGGCAGGAUGAAGAAAUGGGGGAGCUCAGACUUACGGGAAUCUCAGGACCUGCGUCAAGAGGACUCCUGCCCAGAACCCCUAGAUGGAGACCCUAACUCCAGGCCAGCUCCAGCCAAGCCCCACAGCUUCCCUGUGGCCAAGAGCCGCAGCCGGCUCUUUGGAAAGGGUGAUUCGGAGGACACAUCCCUCAUGGACUGCUCUUAUGAGGAAGGUCAGCUGGCAUCCUGCCCGGCCAUCACAGUCAGCCCUGUUGUCACCGUCCAGAGGCCUGGGGAUGGUCCCACCUGUGCCAGGCAGCCAUCCCAGGACUCUGCUGCCGAGAACCUCAAGCUCUAUGAUCGCAGGAAGAUCUUCGAAGCAGUGGCUCAGAAUAACUGUGAAGAGCUGGAGAGCCUGCUGCUCUUUCUGAAGAAUAGCAAGAAACAUCUCACAGACAGCGAAUUCAAAGACCCGGACACAGGGAAGACCUGCCUGCUGAAAGCCAUGCUCAACCUGCACGACGGGCAGAACGACACCAUCCCCCUUCUCCUGGAGAUCGCCCGGCAGACAGACAGCCUGAAGGAGCUGGUCAACGCCAGCUACACGGACGGCUACUACAAGGGCCAGACGGCACUGCACAUUGCCAUCGAGAGACGGAACAUGGCACUGGUGACCCUCCUGGUGGAGAACGGGGCCGACGUCCAGGCCGCGGCCAAUGGGGACUUCUUUAAGAAAACCAAAGGGCGGCCUGGCUUCUAUUUUGGUGAGCUGCCCCUCUCCCUGGCUGCGUGCACCAACCAGCUGGGCACCGUGAAGUUCCUGCUGCAGAACUCCUGGCAGUCGGCCGACAUCAGCGCCAGGGACUCGGUGGGCAACACUGUGCUGCACGCGCUGGUGGAGGUGGCUGACAACACGGCCGACAACACCAAGUUUGUGACAAGCAUGUACAAUGAGAUUCUGAUCCUGGGGGCCAGACUGCACCCUGCGCUGAAGCUGGAGGAGCUCACCAACAAGAAGGGGCUGACGCCGUUGGCUCUGGCCGCCAGCAGUGGGAAGAUCGGGGUCCUGGCCUAUAUUCUCCAGAGGGAGAUCCAGGAGCCCGAGUGCAGGCACCUGUCCAGGAAGUUCACCGAGUGGGCCUACGGGCCCGUGCACUCCUCACUGUACGACCUGUCCUGCAUCGACACCUGUGAGAAGAACUCAGUGCUGGAGGUGAUUGCCUACAGCAGCAGUGAGACACCUAAUCGCCAUGACAUGCUCUUAGUGGAGCCGCUCAACCGCCUCCUGCAGGACAAGUGGGACAGAUUCGUCAAGCGCAUCUUCUACUUCAACUUCUUCAUCUACUGUCUGUAUAUGAUCAUCUUCACCACGGCCGCCUACUACAGGCCUGUGGAAGGCCGGCCUCCCUUUAAGCUGAAACACACCGUUGGGGGCUAUUUCCGAGUCACUGGAGAGAUUCUUUCUGUAGCAGGGGGAGUCUACUUUUUUUUCCGAGGGAUUCAAUAUUUCCUGCAGAGACGGCCAUCACUGAAGACCUUAUUUGUGGACAGCUACAGUGAGAUGCUUUUCUUCGUGCAGUCGCUGUUCAUGCUGGGGACCGUCGUGCUAUACUUCUGCCACUGCAAGGAGUACGUGGCCUCCAUGGUUUUCUCCCUGGCCAUGGGCUGGACCAACAUGCUCUACUACACCCGCGGCUUCCAGCAGAUGGGCAUCUAUGCUGUCAUGAUUGAGAAGAUGAUCCUGAGAGACCUGUGUCGCUUCAUGUUUGUUUAUCUCGUUUUCUUAUUUGGGUUUUCCACAGCGGUGGUGACACUGAUUGAGGAUGGGAAGAAUGGCUCCGUGUCAGCUGAGUUGACGUCGCACAGGUGGCGAGGUCCUGGCUGCCGGCCGUCCGACAGCUCCUACAACAGCCUGUACUCCACGUGUCUGGAGCUGUUCAAGUUCACCAUCGGCAUGGGUGACCUGGAGUUCACGGAGAACUAUGACUUCAAGGCUGUCUUUGUCAUCCUGUUACUGGCCUAUGUGAUUCUCACGUACAUCCUCCUGCUCAACAUGCUCAUUGCCCUCAUGGGCGAGACGGUCAACAAGAUCGCACAGGAGAGCAAGAACAUCUGGAAGCUGCAGAGAGCCAUCACCAUCCUGGACACGGAGAAGAGCUUCCUUAAGUGUAUGAGGAAGGCCUUUCGCUCAGGCAAGCUGCUGCAGGUGGGGUACACAGCUGACGGCAAGGACGACUACAGGUGGUGUUUCAGGGUGGACGAGGUGAACUGGACCACCUGGAACACCAACGUGGGCAUCAUCAAUGAAGACCCGGGCAACUGUGAGGGCAUCAAACGCACACUGAGCUUCUCCCUGCGGUCGGGCCGAGCUGCAGGGAGGAACUGGAAGAACUUUGCCCUGGCUCCCCUCUUAAGAGAUGCAAGUACUCGAGAAAGACACCCUGCCCAGCCUGAGGAAGUUCAUCUGAAGCACUUUGCAGGGUCCCUCAAGCCAGAAGAUGCCGAUAUCAUCAAGGAUUCUGCUGCUUUAGGGGAGAAGUGAGGGACCACACAGGGUGCUCUCAACCCUGUGGGCCUUAGGAAAGCCCACUGUCUCCGGUAAGAGGGUGUGUAGGGGCCACCAGUGAUGCCUCAGCAGCCUGGCCCUACCGGCACCCUCCUCGCAGGCCCUUUCCUAGACGGCACGGAUCAAGCUGCAGGGGGCAUUGCUGGAUGCGCGGGUAGAGCUAGUCACGCCACCCUCACUGUCCCCAGCUGACUCUCCUAACACAAAAGGAUGUUGCUUUCCUGUUUUUACUGACUUUAUCAAACAUGGCGAAUGAGAAAUCGCCACGUGCAUGUACGCGAUGCCCCGGUUUCCUUUGGUUUUAUAUUCCUGGGAGUGAAAGGCAGCGAUGCCCAGGGAAACACCUUUUAGAACAAAACACAUCUUUGAGAUAAAAUGCCGAAGCCCUUGUCUAUUUUGUCCUUAAUAUCUCCCCUGUCCAGAGUGGUCUGGGGGUGACGAUGUUUGCUCCUCCAAGAAGGUGGGGGAACCUGGCCCCAUUCCCAGCUCUGCCAGGAUCAGGUGUUUCCGGAGUGACUCCCUCCUUCUGUGUGAUCCAUCGCAGUUCCAAAAAUAUUAGCUCUAUCGCUGUUCAAAUAAAAGUACAGAACCAUGUCCCAGAGCCACGUGGCAAGAAUUUUUUUAAUGAUCUUCCCUCUGUAGUGGCCAUAAUCCUGCUCGCCUACAGGGAUACCUACUUCCACCUCUACCCAUCCUGCCGUCCAUCAGAUAG